CUGCCCUCGCCUUUUACCAGUCCUUUUCCUCUUGAAGCCGAGUGUGUGUAGCGAAGUCGUGGUGGGGCGAAUUUAGACAUUUGCGCGCCGCCUGCAAGACACACGUCAACCGGAACGAAUCAAAAACAAUGCGGUCAAUAUGAAAGUGAAGUAACCGAGAGAAAAAAAAAACUAACAUUUAAACGUAGGCUAUAGAAGCUGCUUAACGAUUCGGCUCACUCAAUUAUUUUGUGUUGGUUGCUGUUACGAGGUUGGGCACCACGAUGAUUUUCUUCCGGAGAGCGGAUUCAUCGACAGCGGUGCUGUCCCUCGCGCUGCUUGUGUGUUCGUGGAUGAUGUUGUGUGACGGCAAGACGGAGGACAUGAACCCUUUCACCGCGUCUACCGAAGAGCCUGAAGUUAAGUAUUUGGAUACGCUCAAGCAGUGGAUCGCCAGCGCCAUGGACCGAGCACCACGCGGCCUUAUGCGGAAGGUCUUGGCAGCCGACAUCUCGGUCCAAUGCAGCCUUGGUCUCGUCAAGCUCGUUCGUGGGAUCCGCAACCUGGAACCAUGGGUUCUCCGACUGUUGGAUGCGACGGGCAAGUACCCCACUGGCGUCCUCCAGGUUUCGCGAACGGACCUGGGUGCCUUCGACGAGUGCAUCGAAACCGUGGUGCUAAACGACUUUGGGCACGAGACGAUACGCGGCCAGUACUGCAACCUGCAGCUUUACUCCGGGAACAAGAGCGACCUGGACGACCGAAUCAUGGCGGCCAUUGCUCUUAGGCACCCCAGGAUCGGAAGGUUCAGGGCGCAUGCUAAGGAGCGGCGAAUCCCGUUCGCGCGCAUUGGAAUUUGCGCAAUGGACGCCUGCAAUGAACGAGAAAUGGAGGCUCUUAUGAGAGCAGUGCUUCCUCCUGGCAUACAUGUCACCAUAUCUGAUUGCGUCACAGAAGUUUCCCCUGGCUGGACAAGAACGCAGCUUGUCAUCGUCGCAUUUUUAGCUUUUCUAACGGCUAUGAUUGCGAUUGGCACAACCUUAGACGUCCGCAGUAAAAGAACGCUCCAGAAAAACCAGAAACAGAACAUUUUAGUCACUUUUCUGAAGUCCUUUUCCGUGGUGGCUAAUACUCGGAGCAUCUUCAAAACAACGAGAGACAAAUUCUCCGAUGACUGCAGCCUGGGAUUCCUGCAUGGCAUGAGAUUUAUCAGUCUCAUCUGGAUAGUCGUUGGACACUGCUACGUUUCAAACUCGCACGUGUGGUCCCGCAUGGUCAACGUAAUAUUAUACGCCGAUGGCUGGACAAGUGUGUUCGCAGGAGUGGGAAGUAUCGGCUUCGACAGUCUCUUCUUCCUGUCUGGAUUUCUUCUAGCUUACGUCGUGUGCAAACACAAGGGGACUAGAGUGACAGUUUUUCUGUUUGAAGUCACAAAACGAUACAUCAGGACCACGGCGCCCAUGUUCUUCGUUAUAAUGUGCCUGUACCUGCUGCCACUCAUUGCGUCGGGACCGAACGCGAAAGCAUACUUCACCAAGAUCCACAACGACUUGUCUGCACACUGGCUACUUCUACUGCUGCAAGUGCAAAAUUACGCUGUUACUGCGGACCCCAAUGUCCCACCACUUGUGUAUUUGUGGUACGUGUCCAUGGAUUUCCAGUUUUUCCUUCUGUGUCUACCGAUACUCCUUCUGGUGAAAAAUAGACCAAGGCUUGCCGUGGCCGUUUUCUUGUUCCUUUCAUUGGUGGGAUGCUCUGUGGCAACAUGGCAAGUGGCCGGGAACGAGAUGACGCCCUUCGUCGUGCCUCUGACCGAAGCGCCAUCGACCUUCCUGAGGACCCGUUCCUACUACUUUUUUUAUCCGUACUAUCAUGCCGUGUGCUGCUUCAGUGGCUGUUUAACGUAUUUCGUUGCGGCGAUCUUCAAGGAAAGAAAAAUACACAGGGCGUUGCAAAAGGCGGCGUGGUGCUUCGCCAUUGCCAGUGGCUUGUGCUGCAUGUGCAUUAAGAGGCCUUGGUACCAAACCAGUGCCCCAACAACCGAAUUUGGCAAGCUGUGCACAGCGUUCUUCGACCGAAUCCUGUGGUCCGUGUUCCUGGCCUGGGUCACUUUCGCUUGUGCCACAGGGCGAGGAGGCUUCGUGACCUGGUUUCUGUCUUGGCGCGCCCUUCGUCCCCUCAGCAGGCUGGCCUUAGGCAUGUACCUAGUGCACAUGCCUUUCAUGCAGUUCACUUUGAACAUCUCCAGGGAAAGGAUGUUCUUCUCGCACUUCUUCGUGAUGUCCUUCGCCAUGGUCAUACUCACCUGGGGCUUUCUUCUCACCUACCUGCUCUAUGUGUACUGCGAGGCGCCAGCUUGCAGAAUGGUGGAGCUCCUCUUCAGGACUCGGUGUACGAAGAGCGAUGGUACAGCCGGCGACGAGCUGCCGAUCGUCUUCGGUUCCGAAGAAAAACUGCCACAUAUCAGCACAACGUUCCCUAAGGUCGAAAAGGGCACUGCAACGAAGAAGAUGGACAUCAUAAAUAAAUUUGACAGCUUUCAUCGCGGCAACAGUAGCCUCGUAAGUUGCCAUCUAUAGUUUCGUUUUCUGCAGUAGAGUUCCUACCAAUAAUGCCCAAGAAGCAACUGUGUACAAAUGUUCUGAUGAGAUAGCCCCAAUUAAAAAGGUCGCAAUUCAAAUACAGCUGUGUUUUUACAUGUAAAUAAACAAAAAUAAUCAACAAUUUUUUGUUUAAUAUUGUUGAAGGUGACAUGCAUGUCAUGCUGCAUAAGCGUCAUUGAAUACCUCUUCAAACUGCAUCUUAUCUGAAGAAACUUGCAAUAACAUGUAAUCCACUUUGGCAUUGCACUGGAACGCCACCAUUUAAAUGUACACUGAUUGUCGUCAGUUAUGUACCACUGAAGAGGUUCAUAGAAUUGCCGCUAGCUUUAGCAUUCCUUUUUCUUGCAGGAACGAUAAUCUUGCAGAGUCGCUAAAAGUUUUCCAUAAGAUUUACUGA